AUGAGUUUAUUCAUGGGAAAUCUCGCCGGGGGAACGGUGGAUCCCGAGAAAAUCAAGGUAGCUACCGUACAGUUUGAAGCUCAAUCCUUAAUAUUCAAUAAAGUCUUAUACAAUUGUCAAAGUAAAUGUAUGGGAGAUACUUAUGCUGAAGGAGAUUUAGGUACUGGAGAACAAAGUUGUGUUGACAGAUGUGUGGCUAAGUUUUUCAAGGCCAAUCAACUCAUUGGUAAGGAGGUGCAAUACAAUAGGAUGUUUAAUGUGAAUAAAAUGCCGGAAUACGAGAAAGUGAAACUGAUGAUGAAAGAGAAUUAG